AUGUUGACAGUCUUUCCAUCCAGCAUUGUACAAGGAACAUUGCGUGCAAUACUACUAUCGUUACCAGACAAAUCAGUGAUCAAUGCAAUGAAGGUAUUAGGUGCGGAGGAGAGCCGACGAAACAAACCGUCAACCACAGUAAAUAGUGCAACAAAAUACAACAAUAAUCAAAACAACAACAAUUGGAACCAGCGGUGUAAUGGUUGGAACAACAUGCCACCACGCAACAACCGUUGGAACAACCAACCAUACCGCAACAAUGACAAACGAGGAGAGACCCAACAGAACAACACACCACAAACUGAAAAAAUCCAACAGGUGUCAACGAAUAAUGAAGAGCAAGCAGGACCUAGUGGUGAUUCUAAUGGCUCAUCAAUAAUAAACACACACAAUGAAGUUACGGCUAAUUUUGAAAGAUACCCAAAUGAUCCAGCUUUGGUCAACAGUUCUGAAAUAACCAGUGAAUAUUUAUCAUAG